AUGGGAAAGAUCAUUUUCUUUGAGGACAAGCACUUUGCUGGUCAGCACUAUGAGUGUAGCAGUGACUGCAAGGACCUGUACUCCUGCUUCAGGCAGUGCAACUCCAUCAAGGUGGAGAGUGGCUGCUUCAUGAUCUACGAGAGCCCCAACUACACGGGCCAGCAAUACUUUGUGUGUCCGGGCGAGUACCCAGAAUUCCACAAGUGGAUGGGCAUCAAUGACCAUGUGUGCUCCUGCCGUAUGAUUCCUCAGGAUUCCAAAGGAUUCAAGCUGUCCUUCUUCGAGAGGACCGAGUUCGGCGGUCAGAUGAGAGAGCUCACAGACAACUGCCCGAACCUGAUGGACUGCUUCAACACCGGCAGCAUCUUCUCCUGCAAGGUGAGGGAGGGCAACUGGCUGUUCUACGAGCAUCCAGAGUACCAGGGGAGGAUGUACCUCAUGAUGCCUGGAGAGUACUGCAGGUUCAGCGAAUGGGGAGGAGCCAGCGCCAGAGUGGGAUCCAUCAAGUGUAUUUUGACUUACUGA